AUGCGAGUGAUUUACUCUCAGUUAAAUCUUGUGAUUGGUGAUGUGUGCAGGGUCCUGUCAGAAGUAUACUUUGAGGAGCGCUUUGCAGAGCUGCCAGAAUUCCGUCCAGAGGAGGUUCUGCCCUCUCCAACCCUGCAGAGUCUGGCCACUUCCCCACGAGCCAUACUGGGCAGCUACCGCAGGAAGAGGAAAAACUCCACCGGUGAGAACCUGGACUCAUCCACAGAAGAUCCCGUCUCUCCAAAAAGGAAAAGCCGCUGCAGAUCUAGCUGCAGUUCAGAGCCAAACACACCUAAAAGCGCUGCAAAGUGUGAGGGGGACAUUUUCACCUUUGAUAGGCCAGAUGGAGAGGAUAUUCUGGGGGAGCUGGAGUUUGAAAAGGUGCCCUACUCCUCUCUCAGGAGAACUCUUGAUCAGAGGAGAGCUCUUGUCAUGCAGCUAUUCCAGGAGCAUGGCUUCUUCCCCUCAGCUCAAGCUACUGCAGCAUUCCAGGCACGAUACGCUGAUAUCUUCCCCACUAAGGUGUGUUUACAGCUCAAGAUCCGUGAGGUCCGGCAAAAGAUCAUGCAAACGGCAGCUCCGUCGGAAUCGGCAGGCAUUUUUGAUGUUUCCUCAUUACCAGGACCUUCUGGGGCAGCGGCGGGGGCCAGUGACCUAGCUAUAGGGGCAGAGCCUCAGGAAAAAGAGGCCGAGCGGGAGGGUGAGCAGAACAGCUCGGAGGAGCCCAGAAAUGCUGGCGAUUCACAGGACACCAGCAGAUGAGGUUGAUGGGAAAAUGGAAGGCUUGAAGACCAGAUGUCUCCCCUCGACAUCUGCAUGAUCUACAUUUGUUGUCUUGUCUCUGCUAUGACUGCCUCGGAAGGACAUAGAGAGAAAAAGCAAGAGCAAAAUUUGUAUGUAUAUGGAGCAGAUGAGGGGAGAUGCCUAAAAACACUUUGGGGUUUUGAAACUUCUCAGUA